AUGUUAGAAUCCAUAUGCGACGCGUGCCGCGCUAUAGACUUCGAGAAAGUCUUAAAAGUUCCGGCGAGCGAAUUCACGGUGCACCGCGAAGUACGCAAUCCGUAUGAUACGUAUCCCGAUCUUCUACUCGACAAAGAUAUCGACAGACUUUCCCAGCUACAAGACACCGACUGCUCACUUUGUAAGAUCCUGGCAUCGACGCUGUGUUCCACCGAAGACGAGUGGUCGGAUCCUGGUAUAGUUGAGGAUGCCUUGCUGAGCCCUCACAAGUUAAAAGCCUUCUCGUUCCUUCGUAAUUGCGCCUGGACAUCUGAAGAUGUACAAGGCGCGCAGGACUGCUACAUGUUGCUCGCUCCUCGUAGUUCUACGUAUAGCUCAGGUGGAGGUUACUCUAAAUGGGCAUGGCGAGGGGAAGCCGGAUACGUUGCUUGUCUCCCUAAGAAGCGCGAAGCUGGGCUAUUUGUACCGCAGAUAAUCUCAGAGAGUUUUGACUCAAUCAAAGCCAGAUCAUGGCUGCGACAUUGCAAAAGAAGCCACGGGGCGGCAUGCAAUGAGUAUUCUAAGACGAUUCCCGGGUUGGAAGUUAUAGACUGUGAGACACUGAGGAUCGUUCCGGCUGAGGCUGGAAUGCAGUGGGUGGCUCUUAGUUACGUAUGGGGUCCACACCAAUCUCAGGUCAACCAUGGUGACACUGAGCCCGGGAGUCUCCCAAGUGAUUUACCGAGAACCAUACGGGAUACCAUUGAAGUCACGAAAGCUCUGGGCUACAGGUACUUGUGGAUUGAUCGAUAUUGCAUCAAUCAAGAGGACGCUGCGAAGAAGCAUGACCUAAUCUCUAAGAUGGACAUAAAAUAUCGUGGUGCGGAUCUGACGAUAGCCGCAGCCGCUGGCCAUGAUGAGAACUUCGGACUCCCUGGAGUUGGAAACACGACCCGCAAGAAGCAGGCAAUCGUCGAGCUGAACUCGUGCACCAUCCUCAGUACCGGACCUGACCCGGCCUCCGAGACUGAGAAUUCCCGUUGGCGCAGCAGAGGUUGGACGUUCCAGGAAGGCCUCUUAUCGAGGCGACGACUGAUAUUCACGGAACACCAGUCCUGGUUUGAGUGCUGUGAGGGAGGCUGGAUGGAAGCUCUGGGGGGACCGGAACUUCUCAACAAUCCAGAUGAGGCUCGGUGUACCUCCGGGAAGAUUGGUCGGAGCUUAGACGGCCGGCUACUGUCCUAUCAUCUAACGUCUACGCCACUAAUGGCAGACCCAAACGACAGGGUGAUAGCUUCCCGCCUUGAUCAAUUUGCGCAUAUUGUCGGCAAAUACUCUCAGAGAGACUUGACAUUCGACACAGACUCCCUCAAUGCGUUCGCUGGUGUGUCUCGGCAUCUCCGGGAUUCCCACCCCCAGUUAUCACAUAUAUUCGGAAUACCAUAUAUGGUGCCAUCGAAUGCGCCUCUUGCGCUUGGGUCGGCAGAGAAGUACAUGUUCUAUUUUCUAUCCUGGAUACACAAUAGGGGUGCCCCACCACGUAAAAGACUGGAUUUCCCUUCUUGGACCUGGGCAGGCUGGGCUGGCGGUAUGGGCUGGAUGACAGGUCGGCUCGAUGGUGUGACAGCACUAGAGCAGAAAAUGAGGAAUAUUCAUUUUGAGGUUGAUGACCAUUUGGUUUUACCCGAGGCCUACUUCGACACCUUUGACUCGAUCAGCUGUCAGAUUCCAGAGUCGGACGUGAUUCUCUGCUUUGAAGCGCAGGUAGUGCCACCAUCAUUGUUUUCAUGGGAUACCUACGAGGAAAGAAGGGAAAUCUCACCAAGUUACGAUAGCAUAGAUGGGCAAAGUCAGAAAGACGAAGAGAUUCCAGAUGGAGAGAAUCAGAGUGAUAAUGACAUCCCAGAUGAAGAGGAUCAGGGAGACAACGACCCUUCAGAAGGGGAAUCGGAGAUGAGCAGCGAAAGCCCGCCGCCUGAUCCAAAUGAUUGGGACACUUGGGCGGUGGGCAACAACAGAUUGUGGGAUCGAGCCCAGCCACCGGAUUGUGAUCCUGCAACUUUCAUCGACAAUCUCGAAAAGGGUCGUUGGGAUUGUCUUCUCCUUGGAGAUUACAAUGGGAAUGCUGGCUACUCGCACCGAAGAUUCAUGCUCGUCAUCGAGUGGUUGGAUGAUGGACUAGCGCACCGAGUAGGGUCCGUGGUCCUCAACAGGCAACACUAUCUCGACCGUGGAAACAUAUUCUUCGACGACACAGAGCUGGCUUGGAAAUCAGUACGUCUGAUUUAG